AUGACUGUCCCAGGGCAUCCUACAAUCAGAGCAUUGGUCCAAUUGUGCCUUAAGAACCUCGAUGAUAUACUGAACUCAGAGCUCCCUGACGAUCAAUAUUCGUGGGCCCGCAGAUGCCAGCUUAGGCUACGAAUAUUCUCAGACCUACUUGGCGUAUGCGACGACGGCCACAUAUCUGUUGAACACCGACUGCUCACAAACCCGAGCGAAAAAUACGUUCUCUCUCUGCUUCUCGAAGCGGUCUCUUCCAAAAUCCAGCUAUGGAUAAGCCUUGGCAAACAUGAGUCGCUAGGGAACGAUCCAGAGAGUUUAGAUGAACUAUCUAGCAAUGCAUUAGGCAUUCUUCAGGACUCUGAAUAUGAAAGCGAGCUUUCAGAAAGAGUUCAAACUGCACCGGGAUCACCUUCUACUAGCGAAAAUGAGGGAGAACUGGCCGACCAGGAUGGUGAAGGCGAACAACCUGAGUCGAGUCGACCAGACACUGCUGACCUCAUAGAAAAUGUUCUUGCUAGCCUAAUCAGCUACGCGGCGUUCAUCAAAUCGCAAAACAAGUGGCUGUACGACUUCAGAGCGGACGGAUAUGAACCCAAAGACGAGUCUGGGCAGAGUCUCAUCCCAAGUUUCAUGGCAUCAGCUCGCAGGGCUCUAGAUGGAAAGCUUUCGGAACUUUCGGAGCCUUCAGGGCUGCAUCCCAAAUACGCCACGGCGGACAACUUGAGAGCUCGAUUUGAACAUGCCAUUUUGAAAAGAUGGAGAAACCUCUGCUAUUGCCGGUAUCGAGCGGAAAGGUUCAUUGAGGCUGCUGAAACGCCUAGGGCUGCGCAAGCCUCCUGCAGCGAAACCCCCCAAAAGCAAUCCUCUUUACAGACAGAAAAAAAGACGUCCACACUAAGAUGUUCAGUCAACACAGCAAAUCCGUUGGUAAUUUCUGCACUGACAGCACCAACGUCUGUUGCUGCCAUGGACGACUCAACACGCAUUCCGGGACCAACUGACAUGCGGUGCCUUAAAGAUACAUUCGAAUUCGUCUGUCCUCUUUGCCAUAUUCCUCAGAGGGUUAUUGGCGGCCAAGACGAGCUCCGGCGAUCCUGGAGGAAGCAUGCCAUUCGCGAUCUGGCCCCGCAUAUAUGUCUUUACGCACAGUGUUCUUCGCCAAAUGUCAUGUAUCACUCACUUGACGACUGGACUCGUCAUGUAGAGGCUGAGCAUAUUCAACCAAGGUUGACUUGUCGGGAAUGUCGUGAUGCAAGCGAAUUUGAAACCGAAACUGCGUUUCAAAAUCACAUGAGAGAGUACCACGAUGAGUUGCUAUCAGAUGGAGACAUGGAAAAAGUCACGGCCGAUAGUUGGAAACGAAGGGCAAAGUUCACCCAGUGUCUCCUAUGUGGCUCAGCUGGUGUCGACAAUCCGGGAGAACUCAACCAUGACGAGGAGCAACUGCACAAUUUGUCAUUGCAGUGUAUGGCCCAACAUAUGCUGUCUAUUGCGCUUAUAUCCUUACCUGAAGAUUCGUCCUUGGCCAGCAACUCAGGGGAUUCAAGUACAACGUCUGGGGCCGAGACUGACGAGCCGAGGGUCGAAUACGAGGGGAGAGAGGCGGAGUUUUCAGAUUCAUGA